AUGGCUGGACGUUUUGAAGUGAGACGUUGUUUUGCUGUAUUAAUCGACAACAGAGAAUUUCUUCCCGAAAGUGGACUACCACCACGCGUUGGCGCUGAACGUGACUUGUAUAGAAUAAGAGAAUUUUGUCAACUCGCUAGAUUUACUGUCUAUGAAAGGCUCCCAACAAAUAAUCUUACCUUGGUUCAAAUGCGACAGCUUUUCCAAGACGUCAUUUGGCAAGAUUUCAGUGAAUAUGACGCAUGCAUCGUUUUAAUUUCAAGUCAUGGAAUAAAAGGAGAAAUACGUACAACGGAUGGUGGAACCAUUACCGUUCAAGAAAUCGUUUCAGCAUUUGAAGGAAUAGCCACUUUGCAUGGCAAGCCAAAACUUUUUUUCAUAACCAACUGCCUUGAAGAAGAACUCAUUUUACGUGAUGAAGCAAGACCUGUUGUACCAUUUUAUAUUCCGAUGACAUAUGACGUGAUGGUUGGCUAUGCCAGUGUUGAUGGAUAUGAAUACCCAAGAGACCCAGCAGAAGGAUCGUUUGCCGCUAGGGUAUUGGAUGACGUGUUACGAAAUCAUGCAUUUGACAUGAGCCUGUCAGAGAUGCUCAAUAUAUUUUCCCAAAGAUUCUAUGAUUCCCAACAGCCGGACGGAAGAAGACAAGUUCCUAAUUAUGUCACCAAUCUACGAAAACCUGUUUAUUUCAUUAAACCGGCAGAUUUAGGAGAAGCAUCCCCAGUAUAA